CCAUCACGUGGCUGAAAGUUGAGCCAUGGGGGUUGCUAUAAAAUCCAUUCGUAAGGACAAAAUUAAGGAUGAACAGGACAUGGUUCACAUCAGACGAGAGAUUGAGAUCAUGUCAUCCCUCAGCCAUCCUCAUAUCAUCAGUAUUUAUGAAGUGUUUGAGAACAAAGAUAAGAUUGUGAUCAUCAUGGAGUAUGCCAGCAAAGGGGAGCUGUACGAUUACAUCAGCGAGCGGCGACGCCUGAGCGAGAGAGAGACGCGGCACUUCUUCCGACAGAUCGUCUCUGCUGUGCACUACUGUCACAAGAAUGGUGUGGUCCACCGGGACCUGAAGCUGGAAAACAUACUGCUGGAUGACAACUGCAAUAUUAAGAUCGCUGACUUUGGACUCUCCAAUCUGUACCAGAAGGACAAGUUCCUGCAGACGUUUUGCGGCAGCCCACUCUACGCAUCUCCUGAAAUAGUCAACGGGAGGCCGUACCGGGGGCCAGAGGUGGACAGCUGGGCCCUGGGCGUGCUUCUCUACACUCUCGUGUACGGAACAAUGCCCUUCGAUGGUUUCGAUCACAAGAACCUCAUUCGCCAGAUCAGCAGUGGAGAGUACCGGGAGCCCACACAGCCGUCAGAUGCGCGAGGCCUCAUCCGGUGGAUGCUGAUGGUGAACCCCGACCGCCGGGCCACCAUCGAGGACAUUGCCAACCACUGGUGGGUGAACUGGGGCUACAAGAGCAGUGCCUGUGACUGCGACACCCUCCCCGACUCCGAGUCCCCGCUCUUGGCACGGAUCAUCGACUGGCACCACCGCUCCACCGGGCUGCAGGCCGAGGCCGAAGCCAAGGUCAAGGGCCCGGUCAAGCCGACCGUGUCUGAGGUCGUGCUGGAGCGACAGCGGUCCCUGAAGAAGUCCAAGAAAGAGAACGACUUUGCCCAGUCUGGCCAGGACAUGGUGCCGGAGAGCCCGCCCAAGCUGAGUUCUAAGAGGCCCAAGGGGAUCUUGAAGAAGCGAAGCAACAGUGAACAUCGGUCCCACAGCACCGGCUUCAUUGAAGGCAUGGUCAGCCCGGCCUUACCCUCUGCUUUUAAGGCGGAGCAGGACAUGUGCCGGACAGGCCUGCCUCUGACUAGCUCCCCGGAGGCCGAGGGGCCCGGCAAACUCAGCCCCAAGCAGGCAGCCACUAUGCCCAAGAAAGGGAUCUUAAAAAAGACCCAGCAGCGAGAAUCAGGUUACUAUUCCUCCCCGGAGCGGAGCGAGUCCUCGGAGCUGCUGGACAGUAAUGAUGGCCUUGGCAGCAGCAGCCCCUCGCCCCGGCCCCCAGAGCCCACCAGGGUGGGUGCCCACAGCCUCUCCUGCCGGAGGAAAGGCAUCUUGAAACACAGCAGCAAAUACUCAGCAGGCCCCAGGGACCCGGCCCUCAUCAGCCCCGAAAUGCCCACACUGGAAUCCCUGGCCGAGCCGGGCGUCCCGGCCGACGGCCUCUCGCGGAGCUACAGCCGGCCUUCCAGCGUCAUCAGCGACGACAGUGUCCUAUCCAGCGACUCCUCCGACUUGCUGGACCUGCAGGAGAACCGCCCCGCCCGCCAGCGCCUCCGCAGCUGCGUCUCUGCCGAGAACUUCCUCCAGAUCCAGGACUUUGAGAGGCUCCAGAGCCGGCCUCGGCCCCAGUACCUGAAGCGGUACCGGAACCGACUGGGAGACAGCAGCUUCUCCCUCCUCGCGGACAUGGAUGACGUGACUCAGGUCUACAAGAAGGCGCUGGAGAUCUGCAACAAGCUCAACUAGCACGCUGGGAACAGAGCGCGAGG